CGUAUCUUGAAAGGCGACUAAGGGAAUAAACAUAUUCAUGUAAUGCAACUUUUAUCUUUUAUGACAGGAGGAAGAAGAUUAAUCCUUAAGUUACGGUAAAAAUGGAAGGACUUAGCGUGGGUACUUCAAUCGAUUGUGAUUCAGCGGAUGUUAACGUCAUUUAUCCCGAGGCCAAGCUGAGGCAUAAUCUCCUCGGAUGCCACUUCAUACAUCUCUUGAAGUUCAUGUACAAGUUGAACAUCACCUACGUCUUCAUGGACUUAGAACAAUCUGACGGUGACUACAUGGGAACCCUGCUGAAGAAUGGCACCAUAGACAUCUACGCUAGGCCGGUGGCACUGGGCUCUCCCGUGCUGCGAUAUGCUUAUCCAAUCCAAGCUGUAUUUAUGUGGAGAGCUGGUUUCAUUCUCCGUCGAGAGCGCAAACAAAGAAUGCUGGUACGCUUCUAUCGGAAGCCUUUCCACCGGCUCGUGUGGUUCUCCCUCAUCGCCAUGACAUUCCUGGCCGCAGUCAUCUUCUACAUCCUCAGCAUCUGGGAGAGGCACCUGGGUUCCAAUGGAGAGUGCAGCUUCAUGUUUGAACUGCUGCUCGCUAUUGGAGGAUUUUGUCAACACAUAUUUCCAGUCGAAACGACCACUCUACCUCGCCGCACGGCAUACUUCGUGUUCUUCUUGUUCACCUACGUCAUUUACACGUUCUAUACCUCCAACCUGCUCUCUCACCUCGUGAGUGACAAGGAGGACGAUAUGGACUUGGACGACUUGGCCCUGAGCGGGUAUGACUAUAUGCUGUUGGAUGAUAUCAAGGAAUAUAAAUCAAAGCUGUCGCGUGAAAACACUUCAAUACUGAACCAAAUGAAUGAUAUACCCGUCGUGAACCUCUCCACGGGGCUGGAGGCUGUGAGGACCAAACAAACUGCUCUCCUGUCAGACUUUGUCAUGGUGUACCAAGAAAUUACUAAAACAUUUAGCAACAAAGAAAUAUGCGAUAUCGUUGAAAUAGAUUUAUUUUCCCGUAUCCGAAAAUAUUUGGUCACUUCGAAAGAAUUCCGCUACAAACAGCAAAUUAAAAUAAGCACUCUUCGAAUGCAAGAAGCCGGUAUCAUCCAAAAAUUAACAGCGGCCAAUGUGUUGGACCCUCUAGAAUGUUCUCUGGUGGUGGAAGUGACCACCACUUUUGAAGAAAUAUCUGGUUUACUGGCGGUUCUGAUCGGGUGCUACAUAUUUACUGGGCUCAUGGUGGUUUGUGAAAGGGUACAUUUUGCGAGGAACAGGCUGUGGCCAUAUGUGGAAUAAUCCAUGAAUAUACUGAAGGAAUUCUGAUGGUGUCCCAUGAAUGUCGUAAAAGGCGACUAAGGGAUAGGCUUACAAACAUGGGAUUCUUUUUUAGGCGAUGGGCUAGCAACCUGUCGCUAUUUGAAUCUCAAUUCUAUCAUUAAGCCAAAUAGCUGAACGUGGCCAUUCAGUCUUUUCAGGACUGUUGGCUCUGUCUACCCCGCAAGGGAUAUAGACGUGACCAUAUGUAUGUAAUUCUGAUGGUGUUCUGCAAUCAAAUGGUGAAUUACCUGUAGUAACCAUUUCUACUAAUACAUUUUGUAAAUAACAAGAGGCCGCCCGCGACUUCGUCCGCAUGGAAACCCUAUCAACCUCUCGAACUCCGGAAUAAAAAGUAGGUUAUAUGUUAUUCUGGGUCUUAAGCUACGUACAUACCAAAUUUCAUCGUAAUCGGUUCAGAAGUUCUUGCGCGAAAGAGUAACAAACAUCCAUACUGACAUACUCACAAACUUACGCAUUUAUUAUUUAGUAGGAUAUAGUAGUUAAUAGUAUAAAUAAAGGUGCGUUACAUGCACGUUUAAUUUUAAUUGUAUGACUUCAAAAUUGUAUGCUACGUGAAAUUUCAAAAACCAGUUGCUAACUACCUUGUAAGGAUGUACUUCUAUGUUUAACGCAAAUUAAUGUCUUGAUUUGAAGAAGCGAGAUGAACUUGUACUGGUGUGGGAACCAUUAGAUGUUAAUGAUUAUAAAUUUAUCAUAAAUGUUACAUAAAGUGUGUUGUAAUAAUUUAAAAAAAU